CAACAUCCCGCCUUCCACCCAGUCACGUCACCCAGUUUCUCUCCCAAGCACUCGCUGCUUGGCUGCAUGCCUUGCGUGCGCGGCAAAGAGGGAAACCAUAAACCAUGCGACCUGAUUCCUUGACCCACAACCUGACAGGCCGUUGUGAUCCGACUGCGGGCUUGGAGGUGUUACAUGUAUGCUUGGUGGUGGGGUGAACCCCUCCAAGUUUCCAUUUCGGGUUGCCCAGGGCACCUCGCUCUUUGCUCCAUCUAUCGGGAGGGAGCCAACGAGGGUGCCAGCAAAACAGUCAUAAAACCAGAGGCCACCGCUGGAUGAGAAAUAUUCAGCUCCGAUUCCCUCAUCUGAGACAAUCUCCCCAGUUCUUUUCUCAUUUUUUGAACGUACCGUUACGUACUUGCUCAGCGCUGCAUGGCCUUCUUCAAAAAGUUCACCGACGGCAUCGCCGAUGACCUCGGCCGUUUGGGCCUAGGGGACAAGAACAACGAUCGCAAGGAUGAUGCCUCCUCUUCAAACCGCGAUGGCGUAAAUCCGUACCCUCCCAAUCAGUAUCCGCCCCAGGGUUACGGUCAGUCCAGCCCUCAGCCCUACUCGGGCCACUACCAAUCCCCUUCGCCGGGCCAGGGCGGCCACUACCCUCCGCCCCAGGGCCAUCCCUACCAGUCGGACCACGCUUCGCCACCGCCCCAACCCUACGCCUACCCCCCCGAGGCCGGGCCCCGACCCCCGCCUCCGUACACCCCGCCGGCCGACAAGCCCCCGAUUCCCUCGGGCUGGACUCCGCGCUGGGAUGACCACUACCAGCGCUGGUACUAUGUAGAGGAGUCGAGCGGGCGUUCCCAGUGGGAAGUUCCCGGCUACGACCACUCCUCUCCUCGUCCCCACGGGGAUGACAGCCGUGGUCACGGUACUCCGGGUGGCUACUCCCCCUAUGGUGCCCCCACCCCCGGUGUUCCCUCGCCGGGCUACGGUGGCUCGUAUGGCCCCGACUCUAGCUACGGCGGUCAACCUGGUUAUGGCGGCCAGCCUGGCUACGGCGGCCAACCUGGUUAUGGCGGCCAGCCUGGCUAUGGCGGUCAGCCCGAUCCUUAUGCCGGCGCCCAGCCGGGUUACGAUGACCAGCGCGGCAGCCACAAGGAGAAGAAGAGCAAUAGCGGCAUGCUAAUGGGUGCCGCUGGUGGGCUUGCCGUCGGUGCUGUCGCCGGCGCCGUCAUCGCCCACCAACUCGGCGACGAUUCGUCAGACGACGAGAACCACAGCAGCAGCAACCAAGCCGCGUACGCCGCCGCCCCGGCCGCCGCUGCCUACGCUCCCCCGCCUGAACCCGCCCCGGCCCCCGUCAUCUACGAGACCAACAACUACUACUACGGCGAGGCGCCGCCUCCCGCGCCGCCCGCCGACGACGGGUUGCCGCCCGGUGUCAUCCCGACGCAUGAUGCUUACGGCGAGGAGAUUGACAGCAGCGACCGCGAGUCCCUGCGCGAGGCCCGCGACGCCUACGAAGAGGCCCUCGAGGAUGCCGCCAGCUCCUCGGCCAGUAGCAGCGAGCAGGAGGCUCUCGAGGAGGCCCGGGAGGAGUACGAGGAGCAAUACGAGGAGGCGUAUUACGACGAGUAGGCGGUUCUGACCUCGGACCGCGGCAUAUUAUAGCGUAGCGUUGGCAUUCACAUUGCCCAUGUCCAUUUGAAAACCGCGCCCGGCUUGAGCACAGUUGAGCCCUCAUAUUCAGGGGAGGAUUGGUCAGGAGACGAGAUAGUCCUGCAAAGUACUACUACACGAGUUGAAAAUUGCUUGAUUCGGUUGAA